AUGAAUCUGACGUGGACCCUUCUCCUCCUCCUCCUGCUGGAGCUAACUGUCUUCGCUUCAGGCCUGUCCUUCUCAAGACGGCACAUAGAUAACCCCAGGUCAUGGGUUCCUGGGGGACAGCACCGAUACUGCGAUGUGAUGAUGAGGCGACGGUGGCUGAUCCACAGGGGUAGAUGCAAGCAGAUCAACACCUUCAUUCACGAGGAUCUGGCCACCAUAGCAGAUUUCUGCACAACUCCAGCUGUGCCCUGUACCAGCAGCGGCUCCUUGCUGAGCUGCCACAACAGCUCUCAGGACGUCAGCGUCACAGACUGCUUUGCCAAGGCAGGAGCCCGGCCGCCCUACUGCCACUACCAAAAGAAGGACUCCAUCAGGCCCAUCUGUGUGGGCUGUAAGAACGGGGCCCCUGUUCACCUGGAUAGCUAG